GUUUCUCUCACUCAUCUCAAUUUUCUUCUUGUCAAUUAAUUUUCUGUUUGAAAAUCAAACGAAUCGUCGACUGGGAACUUCGCCGCCGACCUUUAUCCGAUGGCCGGAACAUUGGUGGCUCCACUGAAAUCGCUCCACUAGGGUUUGGAAAAAUUGCAGGAAUCGGUUUGGCGUUAAGCAUUUGGGGGGGAAAGAAAAAUAGAAGUUUGGAGGCAGAGUUUUCUGUAUUAAAAGUCCCUGAUUAAUUUUGUUUUGGGGAAGUUGUGAUCUGUCGAAAUUUCUUUAUUGGGUGGUGUAAAGACUGGGGAAGCUAGGUUUGGGAUAAGGAGGAUAAUGUGUAUACUCUGCGUGAUUCAGAAGUGGUCGAGGAGGAUUGCUACCAUGCUGCCAUGGCUAGUAAUUCCACUGAUUGCCCUGUGGGCCCUGUCUCAGCUCUUACCGCCUGCAUUUCGGUUUGAAAUCACAUCUCCACGGCUUGCCUGUGUAUUAGUCCUGUUAGUAACUCUCUUUUGGUACGAGGUUCUGAUGCCUCAGCUAUCAGCGUGGCGGAUCAGGAGGAAUGCUAGGCUUAGGGAGAGGAAGAGGUUCGAGGCUAUUGAGUUGCAGAAACUGAGGAAGACCGCAACUCGGAGGUGUAGAAAUUGCCUGACCGCAUAUCGUGAUCAGAAUCCUGGUGGGGGAAAGUUUAUGUGCUCCUACUGCGGCCAUAUUUCGAAAAGGCCGGUCCUGGACUUGCCCGUGCCACCAGGGAUGGGCAAUUCAGGGAUUCUGAAAGAUCUUGUGGGCAAAGGCGGGAAGAUAUUGAAUGGAAAGGCUUGGUCUGAUAACGGGUGGAUGUGCGGGCAGGAUUGGCUAGAGAAUGGGAACUGGGCCGGCGGGCCUUUUGCUGGGAAAUCGAGUUAUGGGAAGAGGAGUGGCGGGGGCUUGUUUCGUGGGGAUGACAGCCAUUGUCUGGCGGAGAAGUCUUAUUCUCGUGUUUUUAUUUUUGCCUGCAGGGCACUAACAGCAGUUUUCUUGUGUGUCGUGUGGGUUUGGAGAAAGAUUUUUAGGGUUAGUUCCUCCAGAGAUGAUGCUUUAGCCGAUGCAGCUCGCCGAGGAAUGUUGGAUAACAGAGGUGAGAAUGGUGGGAGUGGUCAGGAGAGCAGAGGAGAGAAAGCUCGAAGGAAAGCCGAGGAGAAGAGGCAGGCUAGAUUAGAGAAGGAGCUAUUAGAGGAGGAGGAAAGAAAGCAAAGAGAGGAGGUUGCGAGGUUAGUUGAAGAAAGAAGGAGACUACGGGAUGAAAAAAUGGAGGCUGAAAAAGAUUAUGGAAAGGGCGGCUCACCUCGUGCAAAGGCACGGGAUAGCAAAAAGGAAGCUGAAAGGAAGCGUCAAGAAAGGAAGAAGGAGAGAGAUAAGGGGUCUAGCAAGAGCAAUUCUGAUGCUGAGGAGUUGGAAAGGAGAGCAGGCAACCAAAACAUUAAGAAUGAAAGGGGGCAACACACCAGUACACCUGAUAGUGUGAGAACUCAUGGCACUGAAAUGGGGCAUGGGUAUAAGGGUGCUGGUGCAGGCAUUCAUGGCCGAGGGAAUGCUGGGACGAGAUACUUUGAUAGGAUGAGGGGAACCUUUCUAUCUUCUUCUAGGGCAUUCACUGGAGGCGGUUUCUUUGGGAAGAGUACAAACACUUCCACUAUUUCUAGAGAUCACAAAACCAGUGGAUUGGUAGGAACUGUUCAAUCUUCGACCUAUAGGAAAGAAAUACCAGAACGGGUUUCUGGGCGAUCAAUCGGAAAUGGAGAUGAUAAGAGUGCUAAUCGCCCUAUACUCAUUGAAUCUCAACCAAGUACAGCACCUAAAAAAUCAUGGCAGCAAUUAUUCACUCGCUCAUCUGCUGGUUCUCCAGCACCACCCUCAAAUCCUAAUGUCAUAAGCAGACAAACAGGGAACCACAAAUCAGAAGUUCAAAACCAGCCCGUUUCUUGCCAACUCACCUCAACACAAUCAUUCGACAACCCUAUUAAUUUUGGUCUGGCAAAUCCGUUUAGUUUACCUUCGUUUCCUUUUGUAUCUACUAGUAGCACCAGUACUAUUCCUCCAGUUUCCUCUGGUGCCAUGCUUCCGAAAACGUUAGAUUCCCCGCACCAGCUUUUACCAGAGGAGUUGGAGAUAUUUGAAGACCCUUGUUAUGUUCCGGACCCUAUAUCUUUGCUUGGGCCCGUCUCCGAAUCGCUUGAUAACUUUCAGCUGGAUCGGGGUUUUGCAACCGAUCCUAGAUUUGAAAAACCAGGCCCUGUAAAGACUAAAGCUGCACCUUCUGUGGUUACCAAGCCAUCACCGAUUGAGUCUCCAUUGUCACGAUCACGUGUGUCUGAAGAACAGCAUGCCUGUUCUCUCCUUUUCCCAGGAAGCCCAAAGGACCAGGACAAUAAUUCUGUCAACACAAAUGACAAUAGAACAUGGCAGAUGUGGAAUAGCUCCCCCCUUGGACAGGAUGGUCUUGGUAUAGUUGGUGGGCCUGCCAUUGGUUGGCAUCUGUACCCGGAGAUGAACUUGCUGAAAAAAGAUCACAUCCAUCCAGUCCCUCGUAAAACGAUGGCAUCUCUGUUCAAGAAAGAUGAGAAAGCUAUACCUAAUGGGCAUCCUUCACAGAAUGUUUUGUUUGGACAUGCUCCGAAUGGUGGAGCAUUUAAUACAUCUUUGCCUCCUAAUGUUGAUGAUCCAUGGUUGCCAAGAACUUUAUUUGGGCAUAAUAUAGGUCCCCAAAAUCAGAUUCUGCUGAAACCUAAGGAGGAUGGUUUGCAGAAUGGCCUUAUUUAUGGAAAUUCCAGUACUCCUACUGCUAACCAACAAUAUGACCUUUCUGCUGUGGAUUCUUGGCAUAAAAAAGACUGGCCUGUGCCGGGGUCACGAGAUGGUGUUGGGAAUUCUCCGGUCAGUAGGCCCCACAUUGGAGGCCUGUACACCCCGCCAGAUGUACAGUCUCUUUGGUGAUAUGAUAUUAUUAUUAGAUAGGAAGAGGAAAAAAAAGAACAAGAAAAGGAAGGAAAUGAGUAAAGUAUGAGGGAGUCUGAGUACACCUCUUCUGACGAGGGAAAACAUAAACCUCUUUUUGAGAGGAUUUAAAGAACAUUUGCAUCUUCCUUCUUUUUUCUGUACAAGGGAGAUUUACUUUUAGCAUGAUAGCACUUUUUAAAUGGAAUGCAUUUCUGUUUGUGAGGUCUAAUUUGGUUAUUAACCGGACUCGAGUGUUCUUUUGUUCUGAUCUGACUGGAAGAGAGGGAGACACUUUUAGACUCUGUGUGAAUAUAUGAUGGUUAUGGCAAGUUUUUUUAAUGACUUCCACGCCCGAUAUAUCCAGUUUUUUAAUAGAUUGCGUAAUAAUACAAUCGGCUCGUGUCGUG